AUGGUUCAGAACUGCUGUUUACAACUCAGAUGCAUUUGGAACUUGUUGCCCAUGUUAGUGUUAGGUACUUUGAAUGCGCUUUGGAUUCUUGCACGGAUGCCUCGGCGAUGCUUCGGACAUCUGCCAUGCUGGUCGUAUCGCCUCCUGGCAUGGGCAAGAUUCGACAAACUUGCGCCUUCACGUAUACAGUACAUCGACAGUCUUGCAAACCGCGACUCUUUCGAACGUUGCCUGCAUUGUGCUGAGCAUUGUGCGCAAAUGCUAUGCGUGAUUUGGUGUAAGCUGCGCCCACAUUGUUCCCCAGGCGACAGCGGGGCGCCCCUUCUGCGGCUGUUCGCUCCUGGCGGCGACGUUACUAGAGGAAACCCGUCCCUGGAUGUUGCUGUGGCGAUUGCCGCAUUCCGGGACCCCGAAGCCGAGUGCAUCGAUGCACGCAUUCCCUACGCCUUCACGGGACUGAGGUAUUUCCGCGAUUGGAUUGACAAGCACAUGAAAGGCGAGUCUACCACGCUGCCGGAGCUUGGACCACACACAACUUUGGAAGAACAAAGGGUCAGUCGCCUGUCACUCUCGGAGAAGGAAAGACAAAAGGUUGACAAGAAACUGUGGGACGCUUCCGUGGAGGGCGACGUGGAGGCCGUGAUCGAGGCCCUGGACGACGGCGCCGCCGUGGACGUCACCUUCGGGCGCUUUGGCGAGAAGCCCCUGCACGUCGCUGCCAGCAACGGCCACUCCAACGUCGUGCGCGUCCUGCUGGCCGCAAACGCGGACGUCGACGCCACCAAAAGGACCGGCACGACCGCCCUGUUCGUGGCCGCUCAGAACGGCCACGUGGGCGUCGUACUGGCCCUUCUGGCCGUCGAUGCCGACUACACGAAAGCCAGGCCGUCCGACGGCAGCACACCCCUGUACAAGGGUGCGGAGAACGGGCACCUUGACGUGGUGCUGGCGCUGCUGGAGGCGGGCGCGGACCCGAACAGGGCGGACCACUUGGGCGACGCCCCUCUGCACAUCAGCUCGGCGGCAGUCGGGGCGCCCAGUGAAGAUAUCACCAACGCGCUGCUGAACUCGGGGGCCGACAUUGACGCCCGGGGCAUCGCGGGCCUCACGCCGCUGAUGCGCGCCGCUUACUACGGAAAUUUGGGGGUGAUGAAGCUCUUGGUGAACAGGGGAGCUGACGUGUCGCUGAGGUCGGAUAACGCUUUCGACGCGGAGCAGUGGGUGUGCUGGUGUCUGAACGACAAGGAGGAUCAGACGCUGGUGCAGUGCACGCCUGGGGGGUGCGAGCAGCCGGAUACCGUCCUGGCAAUAGAGGCGUUGUUCGGGUGA